UAUUUUGCAAUUAAAUGGUAUAGAUUACAAAAUAGAUAGCUUUGGUUAACAUAAAGACUUUGAAUAAAACAAAAGGAGUUGAUAUCUCAUUUACAUGCAAAGAAAGCACAGAGGGUGAUAUAUUUUUAGGACAAGAGAGGUUUGGUUGGGAUUUCAAAGGUAUGGAAAACAAUUCCAUGGUUAGUUGGAAUGAUGAGCAGAUGGAAUUGCCUCCAGGAUUUCGAUUCCAUCCAACUGAUGAAGAGCUUAUAACUCACUACCUAUCCCCAAAGGUUCUUGAUAAUUGUUUCUGUGCUAGAGCUAUAGGCGAGGCAGAUUUGAACAAGUGUGAGCCUUGGGAUUUGCCUAAGAGGGCCAAAAUGGGUGAAAAGGAAUGGUAUUUUUUCUGUGUUAAAGACAGAAAGUACCCUACUGGUUUAAGAACAAACAGAGCUACUGAUGCUGGUUAUUGGAAAGCCACAGGCAAAGAUAAGGAAAUCUACAGGGCUAAAACCCUUGUUGGAAUGAAGAAGACUUUAGUUUUCUACAAAGGGAGAGCCCCUAAAGGAACAAAAACCAAUUGGGUCAUGCAUGAGUAUAGAUUAGAGGGAAAAUACUCGGUGUAUAAUCUCCCUAAAACAGCAAAGAACCAGUGGGUUAUUUGCAGAGUUUUCCAGAAGAGUUCGGGUGGAAAGAAAACUCAUAUUUCAGGGUUGGCUAGGAUAAGUUCAUAUGGAAAUGAAUUAAGGCCAUCAUCUUUAUUGCCUCCAUUGAUGGAUUCUUCUUCACAUAACAGUGUGACAAGGGAUUCCGGAGGCGAUGCGUCCUACGUGACCUGCUUCUCCAAACCAAUGGAGCACCAAAAGCCUAAAGAAGACAUGGUUGAUAGUUUCAACAAUACUUCUCUCUUGCCUUCUUCAUCUUCUUCCAACAUAUCCCCUGGCUCAUUUCUGUUUUCAAAAACCUCUCUUCCAAGCUCUUUCUAUUCGUCUCAAAUUUCACCAAGUUUCGCAAAGUUGCAGUACCCAGAUAUUGUUUCUAUGCCAGAACAAUCCAUCGUGAGGAUGUUGAUUGAAAACCAAGGACCUAAUAUGACGCAGAACUCAAAAAUGGAGCUUUCACAAGACACUGGCCUCAGUCCUGAUAUAUCUUCUGUGGUAAUCAACCCUGAACUGGUUCGCAGGUCCUUCGAGGAUCAAGAGGAUCCUUCAGGUUCUGCUGGACCUGUGGAUCUUGAUUGUCUAUGGAGUUAUUCAACUUAAAAAAUUAGACAAAAUAUAAAAUACAUUGAAGACCCAAAAGAAAGUAGAGUUUUAGGUGUCACUGCUGUUAUAUAAUUGUGGUCUGUGCAUAGAUUCUCUUCAUCCAAAUGAUAGGAAUUCAAGGAUUUGCGUGUAACAUAAGCUAUAAAACUACCUUUUCUUUUCGUUUUCUUUUAAAUUUCCCAUUUUCAAUUGGAUGCUCCCUAGUCUGCCCAUGCCUCAUAUUUAUCAAUCUACUUGUAAAAAAACUAGUAUUGCAAUUGUUAUUUAUUAGUUGAUUUGGAAUGAUGGCACUUUUUCUC